GAGGGCAGAGACUCGGUGUAGAUGCCUCGCGCUCCGUCUGUUGUCAGUCACACCGCUGAACCUGCAGCCUCAGGACACUGCACUCUGCUUCUCAACCAAAAAGAGGAGAACUUGAAGGCUCACAUCUCUUAGGAUUGCUGCUACGCUUAAAAAACAACAAAAACAACCCCAGUUGGAUUGACAGCUUUACUUUUUCCAAUGUCAAGUGGAUACUGAAAUUUGACUUUUUCGCAUUAAAGAGGGAAUUUUGACGAACAUCCAGACAUAUUUUUAUUGCCAUAUCUGGAAAUUUUGUUUCUUCCUUGCCCUGCAGCUGGAAUGACCAAAGGUUGCAUUUGAGGAGAGAAAUCAAGAGAGACAUUUCUCUCCUUCUAACUCUCCUGUUUUUUACUGCCUCGUUUCCCUUGGAGUUGUGUGCUUCGCUCCCAGGACCAGUCAGGGAACUGUUCACCCUCAGCAGUAACAGUGGGGUCGGUUAGGUGCCCGGGAGGUCACGGAGGGCGUGGAGCUGGAUGUAUGAGACGGCUCCAUGGGCCUGAAGGACCAUCUGGAGGAUGGGACAGGCCACAUCCUCAGCCUGGAGCUGGAUCUGGACUACCUCCAUGUGGAAGGUGCUGAGCGGCAGGGCGGCCUGAGCACUGCGACGGGUGCUGGGAAUGUAAGAGUCUCGCAGGUCAGAGCUGGCGUCCCGAGCAACAGCACCAACAGCAUUGAUAGUAGCGGUACUAGCUUUAGUACGCGCUCGAGCUACAGCAGCAGCAGCAGUUGCAGUAAUUUCUCUGAGGAGAGUGCAGUGUCCGACAGUGAGGAUGAGCGACUCCAGAACGGGUCUGGUUCCGAAUCUCAAAAUCCUCGUCGAGAUCAGUCUCACCUUCGCCACCAAGAGUCCUCCUCCGUCUGUCCGCCAGUCAGGCUGGACCUGACCCUCAACCGGUCCCUGGGAGGCCUCGCGCAGCCAGAAACAUCAGCUCCGGCCGACCCCGUCGCGGACUGCCGCAACAAGGUGGAGUUUGCUCUCAAGCUUGGCUACUCUGAGGAGCUGGUGCUGCUGGUGCUGAGGAAACUGGGCACAGAUGCGCUCAUCAACGACAUCCUGGGCGAGCUGGUCAAACUGGGAACCAAGACAGAGAUGGAGCAGCAAGGACGUCCGACUGUCUCGCAGUCUCCUUCCACCUCUUUGUCAUCCUCUUUGGCCUACUCCUCCUCCUCCUCCUCCUCCUCCUCUUCCUUCAGCUCCUCUCUGGACUCGUGUCAGCUGCUGUGUCCAUCCCAGCUGCUUGAGGACAAAGAAAACCUUCGGCCCGUCGUGGUGGACGGGAGCAACGUAGCCAUGAGUCAUGGAAACAAGGAAGUGUUCUCCUGUCAAGGCAUCCAGCUGGCUGUAGAUUGGUUCUUAGAGCGAGGUCACCGCGAUAUCACUGUUUUUGUCCCGGCCUGGAGAAAGGAGCAGUCGCGACCUGAUGCUCUCAUCACAGACCAAGAGAUUUUACGGAGACUGGAGAAAGAGAAGAUCCUGGUCUUCACUCCGUCUCGACGUGUGCAGGGGCGCAGAGUGGUUUGCUAUGACGACCGCUUCAUCGUCAAACUGGCCUACGAGUCGGAGGGCAUCAUCGUGUCCAACGACAACUACCGCGACCUGGCCAAUGAGAAGCCGGAGUGGAAGAAAUUCAUUGACGAGCGUCUGCUGAUGUACUCCUUUGUGAAUGACAAAUUCAUGCCACCAGAUGACCCACUGGGACGCCAUGGACCCAGUCUGGAGAACUUUUUAAGGAAGAGGCCUGUUGUUCAGAGGAAGCAGCCAUGCCCUUAUGGCAAAAAGUGCACAUAUGGUCACAAGUGCAAGUUUUACCACCCCGAAAGGGGCAGCCAGCCCCAGCGCGCCGUGGCUGAUGAGCUCCGUGCCAGUGCCAAAAUAUCAUCAGUAGCUUCCCGAGGCCUGCUGGAAGACGCCCUAAUGAUGAAGAGCCAAAGUUUUGGUCACGGAAUGGUUGACGCCGAGCCGAGUCAGAGCACUCCAAAGAAACAACCAAACCGCAGCCCUCGAAGCUCCUUCACUGACCUCCUGGAGGACAGGCUUCGGGUCCACUCCAAAGCGGAGGGACGCAGGGGAAGCGGCAGCAGCAGCAGCAGUUGUAGCAGCAGCUUUCUAGGGCAUCCUGCUCCAGGGGCGCCCCCUUCAUCAGGAAACCUGGACCGAUGGGAGCACCCUGGGUGCAUUGGUGGAGGCAGCUCCAGGGUCGCUGGAGCCUCAGGACCAAGCCAGGCUGACACCUACCACAGAUGUGAGUCUCCAGAGCUUGGCUACGGCUCUGUGGGGAAGGCAUAUUCAAACCUCAGCCUGGUCGUGCCACAAAGUCCUGAAUGCUUCUUCCCAGCCGACCUGCGAUCCGGAUCUCUGCUGUCAGACUGUAGCAGUGAAGGAAGUGUCAGCUCAGACUCUUUCUCCCCUGAUCCUUUAUUAGAUGAUGGCCCCAAGUGCCACCAUCACCACCACCACCACCCUCAUCACCACCAUCACUGCUCUGGCCAGUACACCCAUCCUGUCAGCCGUGUCCCACCGGGAUUCAGCCAGCACGCACAUCAUGGCUAUCCCAUUCCUCAAGCCUUGCAGAGGCAGCAUGGUUUUGGCUUGGAAGACCGUUCGCCUUCUGUUACCUCUCACACAUCUCCACGUCCUUUCAAAACCCCUUCAGCCCACGCUCCGCCGCACCUUCAGCAUCCAUCGCUGAGCAGUUUCUCAGGGGAUUUCCCAGCUCGUCCUCAAUUUCCAUCCCAAACUUCCCCUGCUCACUCCCGCUCUCCGGGCUCCUCCCUCGGCCGCAAUCUGAUGGGCUCCCUUUGGCAGGACGGCGGGCUCCGGGACUCCCGAGUGUAUGAAGGGUCACCACUUCAUUCCAGAAGAAACUACUCUGGGAUAAACCAAGAGCCACUGCAACAGAUAAACUGGGACCCCCAAUACCAGCAGUCCCCUAAUCCUUGCUAUGAUCUAUUUAACUUCCAGAGCAGGGGCAGGCAAGCCCAUUCAUCCCCCCACGGCCUUUCAACAUCAAGUCUUCCUCCACUCCCGCAGCUGUCGCUUACAUCCAUCACUUCCCACAAGGGCCACCUGCCCUCAGUGCCCCAGACGCAGGAGCCCCCCGCCCUGGGCCGAUACCAGGGUCUUAGAGAGAGGAUGUUUGUCAACCUGUGCGGCAUCUUCCCUCCAGAACUAGUGAGAAUGGUGAUGACCAGGAACCCUCAUGUGAUGGAUGCUCAGGAGCUCGCGGCUGCAAUUUUGAUGGAGAAAUCUCAGCUCGGGUCUUGAAUGUAGCCAGAGGGUGAAGCUACAGCUUCAUCUUAGCUUGACCGCUUCUGCAGACUUAUCCCCUGCAAUUGUCUUAAUUAUUUAAAUCAGGUUGAACAAACACAAACCAAAAUCCUUAAGCUGGUAAUGCUUAUGGACCACUUAUUUUCACUGCAGGGAAGUUGUCUCAUUAAUUUUAAUGGUAUUUUUGUAAAGGGAAAUCCCAAAAUUGCCAUAUUUUUUUAUAUGUCUGCUAUUUCAGCACUUAAGACACCAGUGUGCUUAUAGGGAGGCUUGUAAUGUGUGUAAAGGGUGACAGUGUUGUUAAUUUUAAAUUAAUUUAUUUGUUAAAAAUUUAAGUUAUUUAGAUACUUUAUAAUUAUUCAGUUUUUGGCACUUUUUGUUCGCGUUUUCUUUUUUUUUUUUUGGCAAUCAUAUCAGGGUAUAAGUACUUUUAAAAAAAAAAAAUGUAUGUUCCAUCUUAGAGAAACUAUUCAACUGAGAUGACAACAUGGAGUAAAUAUACAUUCCUACUGCAUGUAAUUCUUUCUAGUCUGACAGGUGGCAGAUCAGCUGCUGUGGUGAAUGUUUUGUGGAUUUCCCCCCACGGGGAAGUGAAACCCACAAAAGAAGAUAGCAAAAAACUCCACUCGAAAGCCCCAUGCUGUUUUUAUUUUUUUUUCUCCUCUGCUUGCGUUCGAGCUUUGUCAGCUGACUUUGCAGUUCAUCUUUUCAUCUUCAAAACCAGCUCAGUUCUUUUUAAAAAUAUGUCAGAUUAUGAAGUCAUAUCAAGGUGAAUGUGGAGAGCGCGACCACCGGAAACGUUUAGUUUCUUGGUAUUAUUUCAAUUUUAAAUGUAAAAUGCGUGAUGAUUUAUCACCCUCGUAUGCGUGUGAAUGUCUGUGAGACGCGCGGCCUCCUUCGUCCGUGGCGUCACCAGUGGAGAGUUUUCGCUGCCUCGCGCGGGACACAACUUCAUCUUAUGAACCUUUCCGUCAGAGACGCAGAGAUCCACGUCCGGCAGGAGCGGAGAAACACCUUCAAAUUGUAUGUUGCCAAACACCUAAUACGAGGAGGGGGGACAGAAAGAGAUGAAAUAUUAGAUAUACACUAAUAUUUCGCUCAACUAGACAUUAUUUCCAUUAUCAGUAUUAUUCUUUUGAUCAGUUCAUCAUAGAAUCAAUCUUUAAAAGGUCAAAUCAACUGCUUAGCCUCCGCUCCUUUGCCCGCCGUCUCUCUGAAAGUAUUAUGAACUUCUCUCGUCUUAUUGAAAAAGCACUUUGGGCUGCGUCUGUCGUUGCAUGACAUGAUCCCGUGGUCGUCUCCACCGGGGGGGAUUGUUUGUUGACGUCCGAGGAACUGUUUGUGAAGCCAAAGCUCCUGCCUGCCUGGUCAGCAAUAAUAUCUAGUAGCCGGAUGACGCCUCUCGUUGUUGAUACAAAUUGUAUCCUGUUUUAUAUGAGAAUAUUUAAAAAAAAAUAUUUCGAGUCAAAUAUUUUUUGGGAGUAUUCGUGGCAAACUUUGCCACCGUUGGUAUUUAGACUUUAUUUAUAUGAGGGGGGGCUCGUUAUUCCCCUUCUUUUUCUUCUUCUUCUUCCAAGUGCAGGAAAGAGAACGUCUCAUAUGCACCUUUCAGUUGGAAACAGAUGUCGUUGCUGUUUUAUGUCGUCCGCGAACCGAAAGCAAGGUACCGCCGCGGAACUGGGAGACCGCGGGCCCCGGUCGAGCGUCGCACGCGUCACACCAGACGCUGGACAUUGCCAGCGUUUUUUAUACGUAAAGGUGUGGUCAUGACUACGUCACAAUAUUCCCCUCAGAACAGAAGACUGUGAUCGUGACUACAGUAAAAAAAAAAACAACAACAAACAUUUUUACUGCUUUUUAAAACCACAACCGCAAUUUUUCUUUCAACUUCCUCACAAAUUCCUCGCAUGUGGAAGGUGCACCUCUCAGGAACACGUCCUCCGUCCUCCCUGCGGGUUCCCGCCACACGCGGCUGAGCGCCUCUCGUCCUGCAGGUCUGGCACCGUGUGCCGGCGUUCGCUUCACGGCGGCGAGACGCUCGCACCGAUGCGCCAUUAGGCAAAAAACGUCUAUAUUGAAGAAAGAAAAAAAAAAGGGUUGCCGCGUUGAAAAAAAUGUACGAGGGGCCAAAUAACUUUUCUAACGCCGCGAGCUUGUCAAAGAGCUAUUUGACUAAUUAUUCACUGUGACUGUUUCAUCCGCCAGAAGGAAAUUGCAGCUGGCGACAGUGUGUCGCUGAGGAGAUAAACGCAUUGUUGUCAACUCGACAAUGAGUUCAGACUGAACGUGCUCUUGUUUUCCCGCCAAAUGUGUGUGUGUGUGUGUGCGAGCGUGUUUGUCUUGGACUCACCUCACGUGUCUCCUGCAGUUUCUUGCCUUGUAUCCGCCCCGCCCCGUUCUUGCCUCGACCUUUACCCCCGAGCAAGUGUUGUCAACGCGCGUGGCGCCGACGCCUCCUGGGCGGCACAGGGCUCCGCGAGUGGGGCCUCUGUCGCAGCACAGGCCUCGGGGGUUUUGCCCGCGAUGUUGACGAUGGGCCCGAUGUCCGGCACAAGACCCUGACACCUGAAGCAGCUCCGUGGAAUUUAAAACCUUCAUUCAUUUCGAUUUUUUCCUUCUUUUUUUUUUUGUACUCCUGUGACGCCUCAGUAUGGCCUCGGGCGGAGAAAGAAGGCCCUCGGACUUUCUUCCCACUUCAUGUAUCGCCGCGACAUCGCCUCCUCUGUUUCCACGGAUGCAGUUGUUAAGUCUUUUAUUUCUGGCCGAUCAGAUCGUCACGGAGCCUUUCGGGGGGGAAAUUAUGUGAAAAUAUGCCUUGAAAAGCUGCAGAGAAACCAAAUUGCUGGAGAAAUUCGUGUUUCCGCUCAAGUGUUUCCGUCCUCUUGCAGACACAUGCAGUGUUGUUUUGGGAUUUCUUGCUCAUUUGACUGAAACGGCCUUAAAAUCCAGCUAUUUUCAUCCAAUGGAGAAAAAUUUGAGUAAAAUAUAUAUAUAUGUAAUAAUAAAAAAAUGUCCCCGUUUGUCACGUCACAUUCCCGCCUUUAUAUUUCUAAUGUGCUUUAACACAGCUUCAUUUCUGCUGCAGAAAUUACUUCAGCAUCUUCAGGGACCAAGGCCAAGUACAAGUGUGUGUUUCCCCUCCAGUCAGUGGGAAACCAAAAUUUAAAAAAAAAAUAAAGUAAAAUAAAAAUUAAUGUACCAUUUGUCUCUGUUUCACCGUGAGUCCUGCUGGCAGAUGGAAGAGUUCCACUCGGGGGGGCGGGGACAAGAACCCAAAGCUGUCAUGAGUGUGUACUUUGCUCAUAUUCUGUACGAAAACAAAAAGGUAUUGCUUUAAGGUGAUGAUGAAUUUGGGAGCGUAACCCAAAAUUGAUUUUUUGAAACGACAAACUUGAAAUGAAGUCGGUUGAAAUGACUUUACCCAAACAAAUGUCAUCGCGUCCUCGUUCGGCGCUUGUCUUAUUCCUGUAUGAAUGUGUCAUUUUGAACGGGGCCUCUGGAAGCUGCAGGACGAUGGGACGUCAGUUGAGCUUUAGGCAGUGAAACCUCAAACAAACGCACAAACAACCCUGUCGUACGUGCAGAAUGUGGGAGACUCGUGGCCAAAUGAGACGUGUUGACUGUUCUUGUGUGUGAUGUAAAAGUGAGCAAUAAAAAGCCCUUCUCCAGCUUUCA